ACACACACAUAUACAUAUUCAUCCUGGAACAAGGUAAAAUUAAAAGAACCUACUUUUCAGUUUUCACACGCCGGCACAAACAGAUCGUCGUCUUCUUCAAAUCUUUGGAAAUGGCUCCCAAAUUAAAACCUUUGCUUGUGCGGUUGUUGUUGAAAAACAAACUCAAUAACACUGCCACCAACGCUUCUUCUUCGUCUUCUCCACCACCGCCACCACCUCCUUUGUCGCCUCCGAUGGCGGCGACGCUUCAUCCACCACCGGCGACGUCCUCCACCACCUCAAUUCUCUCCCGCUCUUCGACCCACCACGCUUUCCCUUCUCCGAACCUCAAUCCGAACCCGAGCCACGUCCCUCCCCGUCACAAAGUCCUGACCUUGGCCACUAAAAGCUCCUCCCACGAGAAAACCAACGCCACCGUCGAGAAACAAGCGAGUUCCCCGCUGUCACCGCUUUCCCAACCGGAGAAAAAAUCCUUCGCGGUGGUCACGGGCGAGCUUUUCCUCGGGAUUGCUUCAAGGAUUUUGAGGACCAGCCAACAGGGGGGCUCCCCUCCUUCUGGCGCGGACGACUCCGAUGUCUUGAUGUUCGAUAAGGCGAACGGUAAUGUCCAUUACGAGGAGAGGAUUGGGAAGGUUAUUGAGGACGAGAUUCAGCCGGAAGUUAUUUGGGAGCAGAGGGUUAAGGAUGUUGAGGCGGAGGAAGAUCGACGAGUUGUGACGAGCCCUGGUUUUAGUUUCUCUGCUGCUGGGUUGCUCUUCCCUUAUCAUUUAGGGGUCGCCCAAUUUCUUAUUGAGAAGGGCUACAUCAAGGAAAGUACACCACUAGCUGGAUCUUCUGCUGGUGCCAUCGUCUGUGCGGUGAUUGCCUCUGGUGCUACCAUGCAGGAGGCCUUAGAAGUAACCAAAACCCUCGCUGAAGACUGCAGGCUAAGGGGCACUGCAUUCCGGUUGGGGGCAGUUCUCAAAGAUGUGCUUGGAAAGUUUCUUCCUGAUGAUGUUCACAUUCGGUCCAAUGGGAGGGUUCGGGUUGCUGUAACACAAAUUUUGUGUCGGCCUAAGGGUUUGCUGGUAGAUCAGUUUGACUCCAAGGAAGACCUCAUAAAUGCAGUUUUCACUUCCUCCUUCAUUCCAGGAUUGAGAUUGAUCAAGAACUUUAUUUUUGGUGCAGGUUUCUUGCACCAAGGCCUGCCACCAUGUUCCGCAACCGACUAUGUGUAUGGGGGUUUGACGUUAUUUAUGCCUCCAACAUCUGCUGAUAACACGGCAACUCACCCAUUUUCACUGCAACAGGUUCGAGUAUGUGCUUUUCCAGCCAGUCGAAUUGGACUUAAAGGAAUCGGGAUUAGUCCCGACUGCAAUCCUGAAAAUAGGGCGUCUGCCAGACAGCUUUUCAAUUGGGCGCUAGAGCCAGCGGAGGAUCACGUUCUCGACCAGCUCUUCGAGCUUGGAUACCUAGAUGCAGCCGUGUGGGCUGAGCAGAACCCAGUUGAUCAAGUCGUUCAGAAGGACGACAGUUCAUCCCCAGGAAGUGCAUCUCCGCUAUAGCAGCUUCUGAAGUGUAGUAACUUCCUGCAUUUUGACACGGAAGAACACCAGAACAGGUGAAGAUAUGUGUAACGUUGUAUAGUAUAGACGACAUCUCCGUAGGAAGGAAGACUUGAAAACGAAAACAACGAAUGGCGAACUAUGUAGAUAACCGUAGCUGUACACUCCGAAUUGGUUCUAGUGAGAAAUGAAUGGGAAUUCUGGAUGGUUUGGCCCUCCAGAUUGUAUGAAGUUAUCUUCUGCGAGUCGAGUUUUGAUUGAACACAAAAUUCCAACUUGUCUCAUUUGUGAUUUUUAUUCGAA